UUUUAACGCUUUAUAAACUUAAAAAAUUUAGAUCUAUCGCAAAUUACUGGAAAAUGUAUAAAUGUUUUGCUAGGAACUUUAGGGAUUUUCAAUUUCUUGCCCUUAGUUUGGCAGUACUUGACAUUUAGCCGUAUCGAGAAAAUUUCAAUUUCGUUACAUGAAAACGAUAAAAAGACAAUUAAAACAUUAGAAACCUUCUCAUUCUCCAGGCACUUGUUAGCGAUUUCUUACCAAUAACGCAACACGUCUCAACCCUGUAUUUAUCAACCAGGACGACUUUGUGAGCCAAAUCCGCCAAAUCGGUCUUCAUUUCUUGCACAUACAAGAGAUUCGAGUAAGUAUCCAAAUUAUCUAGUCUGUAAGGAUCCACAGUUAAGAUCUCUUUAAACAAGUCGAUAGCUUGGAACAAAUCUGCAAAAAUGUCGGAAUAUUUAAAAGCCCUGGAAAUGUACGAACAAAUCCCCUCGCCUGCCGCGUCCCAACCCCCGGACAAGAAAUUCCAACCCAGACCUGACCCCAUUCUACUCAAACUGCACCCUGACCCCCACCCCCUUUCCUCGGAAGAGCAAGUGUUUUUCGUCAAAUUGACAGAAGGGGCUUUCGGGUUCAACGAACACGUCCGAAAUGAAACUUUGCAAGUUUUGGGGCGCGACUACCAUGUCAAAUUUUUAGCACCUUAUUUGAGUCAGUUUAUAAAAGACUCGAUUUGUGUCAAUAUUGCUUUCCCCGAUUUAUCGCUUUUGAUUUAUUCGGUACGGAUGAUCAAAAGCCUGAUGGCUAACCCCCAUGUUAACAUCAAAGAGCACCUUCAUUUGUUACUUCCGGCCACUAUUUCCUGUGUGGUUUCGAGAAAAAUAAGCAAAUACAGCUAUGACAACCACUGGACUUUGAGGGACUUUUCGGCGCAAGUUGUGGCUACCCUUUGUAGCACUCAUAGUAAUAAAAUCAAUCAGAUUAAGACUCGGGUUAUUAAGAUUUAUUUGAGAGCGAUACAAGACCUCCGGAAGCCCCUGAGCACUCUCUAUGGAAGCCUGAAAGGUCUCAGUUGUUUCGGCGAGGAGACAAUCAAGACGUGUGUUGUACCCCUUAUCCCGGUUUUGAGUCACCGUGUGUGCAUGGUUUUGGAAAAAACGGUUUAUUUGAGAGACCCUAGUCACGAGACGAAACAAAUCAAACGAAUCACUGAUUUGGUUUUAUCGGUUGUGGGGCCCGUGUUGCUCCAAUACAAAAAUGUAAAUGACGGGGGAGUGUCUUACGUUAAGGAAUUUGGCUAUUUGGGGUACACUUUAUACAAUCAUGUCAAACAUUUAGAGAAAGUCGAAGCCGAAAGAAAGAAUCAUUUCAAUGUUUACCUCCUUUGUCGAUAAUUACCUCGCCGGUUGUGGUGGCCUAUUGCGAUUUGAGCCAUUAGAUAAGUACUGUUUUUUAAUCCAUGUGAAUAAAGUUCGAAAUAAAUUUGUAAAGCUUCGUCGUUGUUCAAUUGCUCGAGGUAUGCGUGGGCCAGGAAGAAAUGUUUCAUCCAAUGGUCAGGAAGUUGAACUGAGAAAAUCUUGUUUUUGUCAGGGAUUAUUUUGCCGAGUUCGUACCAAGAGCACCACAAGAGGGGCUCCAGAUUUACUGACUUGACAAAAACACUGAUCGCCAACGAAAUCAUGUCUAGUUUUUUCACAAUAAUCCCGUAUAAAUACAAGCAAAAACCGUCCAAUUUAUUCUCGUAAUAAUCACUUU